AUGCCCCGUGUUAUAGUCCCGCAGAAGUCGGCGGCCCAUAGACUUACAUGCCUGUCGCUGUACCGAGCGCUUCUUCGAGAAUGCAGGCGACUGCCGCCGGUUAGAGCCAGCGAUGACCCUAACAACCUACGCUCGGUCAUCCAGUGUCUAGUACGAUACAGGUUCGAGAAAGACCGGGACGUCUUAUCCCCGACACAGGUCUGCCAUGGCAUCGAAGUGGGCCGAGGAUUCCUCCAGAUUCUGCGAUCGUGUACUACGGGAAACCCAGCCGCAGGACUUCCUCAUUUGACCCAGAUUCUCGAAUCUUUCACGGCAAAGGCGGAGAAUACAGCGGCAUUCCGAAGCAGACUCGCCUCAUUCUGGAAGCCCCCACCACCGCACCGGGCGAAAUAUCUCGAGAACAUCAGAAAAGUCAGAGACAAGACCAACCAUAUUUCGACGCCUGACCAUCCGCGGAUUUUCGAACAUCCACGACCACUGAGCGAAGUCAAAGCGGGUGUACGCAAAGUCCCGAAUUUGAUCGUCACGCAUGGGAUCCCGGUGUUGAAAUACCCGGGUCCGCAGCCCGUGCUGCUCAACCGUGUUCUCAAACAUAAGACGAUGUGGGGGAUCAAGAUGUGGCAGCGCCAUAAAGAGUUGGAGAACGCGGCGCAUCUCGCUGACACCGAAGAUGACUGGGACGCAAUACUAUACCGGCACCAUGGGGUCAAAUACCCCAGUGAUAAGCUACUGAAGGGAACUAUCGGCCUUGACCGUCUGCCAACCGCGACCAAUGGCGGAACGUGGGGUGGCACCUUUCGAGAAGCCGACCAGGAGCUGGAGCAAAAGGUCCAAGAACGCGGCAGAAAGCAUGACGAGCUUGGUAGAAGGCUAUGGCAGAUAGUCAUGGACGAGCGGGAGUUGAAGGAAAAGGAACGGAGAGAAGCCAAGCAUCAACGUCGCAUGGCAAGGAAAAGUGCUGCCGCUACAAUGCAGGCAGAUCAAAAUCCGUUUAUUCCGGACGGCAGCAAGUGA